UUUGAUGUCAGGGCCGGCACUCCAUCCCAUCCAGUCACACGAAAAGACCCUUCACAUAUCUGUAAUUCCUGCUUGGGACAGCAGCUAAGGCAGCAAGCAGCAAGAUGUCUGGAGGAAUCUUCUGCCCUUUGGAGAACCUAUACGACCCAGACAGUGCCAACUGCCACCCCUUGGUAUGCCACUUGUGCCAUGAGCAGUACGAACACCCCUGUUUGCUGGACUGUUACCACACAUUCUGCGCCAGUUGUCUGCGUGGCAGGGCCGUGGAAGGCAGACUCUCCUGCCCCCUCUGUGGACUACAGUCCAUUGUCAAAGGCCUAAGUGCCUUACCCCAGGAGGACCGCCUGCUCAAGUUCCUGGUAGAUAACUCUACUGACUGUGAGGAGACUGUUCAGUGUUCCAACUGUGAUCUGGAGUGCAAGAAGCAGGAUGUGGAUGCAAUGUAUUAUUGCAACACUUGUAGCCAGCCGCUGUGUGGAGCUUGCAGGGAAACAACCCACAAGGCCAAAAUGUUCUCCAGCCAUGAUAUUGUCUCCCUUGCCAAACGCACAAAGGAGGCCCACAAAAAGUGUGCCCUCCAUGACGAGCUGUACAUAAUGUUCUCCACAGAGAAGAAAUCCAUGCUGUGUAUCAACUGUUUCAGAGACAUGCAAGUGGAGAGCAGAGCACACUGCAUUGAUAUUGAGACAGCAUAUAUGCAAGGCUGUGAAAGGCUGGACCAAGCCGUCAUAGCGGUAAAGGAGCUCCAGACGUCUGCCAGAGAGGCCAUCAUCCUGCUGAAGGCAAUGAUCGGGGAGGUCCGAGAGAACGUGGAUGAGGAGGAGAGCUCUAUCAGCACUCUGUUCAACAACAUGCAGGAAAAACUGGCAGAAAGAAAAAAGAUUCUUCUGAAAGCAGCUCAAAGUCAGCAUGAGGAGAAAGAGAGAGCCUUCAAAGAACAGCUGUCUCAUCUGGCUGCACUCUUACCCACUCUCCAGGUUCAUCUGGUCACUUGCUCAGCCUUCCUAAGUUCAGCCAACAAGUUUGAGUUUCUUGACAUGGGAUAUCAACUGAUGGAGAGACUGAAGAAGAUUGUCAAACUUCCACACAGACUGAGACCAGCUCAGAGUAGCAAGAUCAACACAGAGUUUCGGUCCGAAUUUGCUCGUUGCCUUGAGACUCUGUUACUGCUGGGCCAAAGACGCUCGGUGUCCAUUGUUGGGGGUGUGUCUGGAUUGAGUUUGGGCAAUGCCAGCGGACUCCUGCAGUCGUCCCUGUCCAUGCCCUGCCACUCCCCAGCCACCAGUGACAUUUCCCUGGGCUCGUCCGUGGUGCGGAAGCCUACCCCCCACCGCUAUAUCAGCACCAAGGUCCUCCUAGCCGAGGGAGGCGAGACCCCCUUCACCGAGCACUGUCGCAACUAUGAGACCAGCUACAGGAAGCUGCAGAUGUCCAUUCAGCAGCUGAAGGACCAGGUGCAGGAGACCCACAGGGAUCUGACCAAGCACCACUCCCUCAUCAAGACCGACACCAUGGGAGACAUCCUGGAUACCUCCGUGCAGAUGGACAGACAGAUCUCCUCUGAGUACUCUGCAGUGGAACACAUGAGGGCCAUGUUUGAGGAGGUCUGGGAGGCAACCUUUCAGAGGGUUGCAAAUGAACAGGAAAUCUAUGAAGCCCAGCUUCAUGAUCUGACGCAGCUAAGGCAAGAGAACAGUUAUCUAACCACCAUCGCCAGGCAAAUUGGGCCCUAUAUCCGAUCCAUCGCCAAGGUGAAGGAACGCCUUGAACCCAGACUGAAAGAGCCUAAGGAGCUGAAAGACGACCGUACAGAGGCCAUGCUGAAGAUCUAUGAGGACACCACAGAUACUAAACAAACCAUUUCAACAACACUGACAAAUGACCUGACCUGUAGGCCUACCACAGAUGACAACCACACUCUCAGAAACCUCUCUGAUGAGGCUGCCCUCAAGAACAAGGAUUUCUACUGGCCAGGGAAGCAGAAGACCACAGAGAUAGCCAUUUGGAAGGAGAUGUCUCCCUAAACAACUGGAUAGGGGCAUGAGACUUCAUCACCAACAAAGUGCAUUAUAUUGAAAAUAACUGUGUUCAGGUUGACUUCUUGUAGUAAUUUGAGCAUGCAUCCAUUAUCCAUAUUAGGACUAGAGUGCCAACAACAUGAAAGUCAACCUAAUGUGAGGAUGACAAUUUUCUUAGGAUAAACUUGUGAUUUUAUUUGACAGGACAAUGUUGUUCAAUCAAUUCAGAAAAUGUCAGUAAAGUGAAAAAAGUUAUCAAUCAAGAGUUAGAUAAGUAUACCCUCUGCAUGAUACAUUUUUACAUUACCUGUAAUAAACUGUAGUAUUGUCAUACUAUAGUGCAACACAACUGGCUUUUUCCAUGUUCAGCUCAGCUGGAUCAUGCUUGGAGCAGCAAACUAUCAUAUGUCUGCAGCCAACUGUAUGUGCUCUUAUAUUAAUUAAUCUACAUCUCAUCAGUAUUCAUGUAAUACAUCACUUUUAUAGUGCU